CUGCGAGUGAGCGGAGCAUGGAGAAGGAGAGUCGCGAGCGCAUCGGCCGCGGGCGCGGGCGCGAGGCGCGCGGCACGUCGCCGCGCGCGGCGCUGCGGCGCGUGCUGCUGCUGGCGGAGGGGCGGCAGUUCCGCGAGGCGGCCGCCGUGGUGGCGCGCGCGGGCGCCGCCGUGCUGGCGCCGCUCGCCGCCGACCUGCCGCUCGACAUGCUCGCCGACAGCCUGCCGCACUCCGCCGUGCUCAUCGACCUGCUGCUCAACAGGCUGGUGGACUUGGAUGUGUCACCGCGGCCGUCGCUACCAGUGGAGGCGCUGGCGUGGCGUCUGGCGGCGCUGCUGGGCGGCCCCGCCGGUGCCGGCGAGGCUGCGCGGCUGGCGGGCGCGGCGAGAGCGUUGGCGCGCUACCAGCCCGCUCUGCCCGCGGCGGUGGACGCGCGGCGCCGGCAGCUCGACCAGGCCGUGCACGGUCUGGGCACUCACGGUCUGACAGCGGCCGCAGGUGACGGCGGCGACAGCGAGCUGGUGUCGCUGCACGCCGCCCUGCGCGACGCGCUCACCGCCCACGUCGACGCGUAUAAGCAAGCGCUUCACAAGGUGCAGGAGCUGAGCGCCGUAACGGCGGUGACGGCGCCCGCCGCGUCCUCGCACCAGCGGCUGCUGGCGCUGCCGGCGGCGGACGUGGAGCGGCGGCUGAUCGACAACGCGUUGCUGCUGGCGGCGGUGCGGCGCGCGCCGCCCACGCUGCCGGCGCUGGCGGCGGCGCUCGACGCGCGCGUCGCCGCCGACAAGCAGGUGCUGGCGUGCGCCGGGCUGGUGCGCCGCGCCGACCCCCACAACCAUAAACCACCGCCCGCCAAUGACACCAGGCCGGUGGCUGGCGUGCUGAUGAGCUACUCCCGCGGGUGCGCCACGCUGCUGGCCCUGAUGACGGACGGCAAGGGUCCGGCGCCGGCCGGCGCGGAGCCGGAGCCGGGCCCGGAGCCGGAGCCGGCGCCGGUCCCGCCGCGCUCGCCGCCCGACUCGGCCAGCGACGGCUACCACUCCGACAGCGACCACUCGCACCCCGCCCCCGACAGGAGCAGCGCGGUGGCGGGCGCGGUGGCGGCGUACGGCGAGGCGUGGGCGGGCGCGGCGGCGCGCUGGCUGCCCGCGCUCGCCGACCUGCCCGCGCUGCGCCGCGCGCCGGCGCUGCCGCACAAGAUCGUCUUCUCCGUGGUCGUGUUAUCGUUCCGCGCGGCGAUAAGUCUGCGCGACAAACGACUGGCCGAGGUGAAGGCGCUCCUGGGCGCGGACGACCCCCCGCACGCCGCGCAGGCGACGGCGGGGGAGGACAGCGGCUCCGAGGGCGCGGGGGCGGAGGACGAGGCGCUGGCGCGGCUGACGGCGGCCGCCACGAGCGUGCUGCGGGCGAGGGCGCACGCAGCGUCGCUGCACGACGCCGAGCGGACUGUCGUCACACAGGUGGCGAGCACGCUGCGCGAGUACACGGGGCUGGCGGAGAGCGCGGCGCUGCGCGCGCUAACGGCGGCUUGCUGUCGCGCCGCCUGGAGGCUGGUGCUGGCCGCGCCGCAGCUGCGGCUCGACACCGACUUCACCGCCACACGCUUCGACCCCGAGAAGCACGUGGUGUGGGUGGCGGGCGCGGGGCGCGCGGCGGCGGCGGGCGGCGCGCGCGGGCAGCCCAUCCGCAGCUUCGUGUGGCCCGCGCUGCUCGACCACCAGCGCGUGCUGUUCCGCGCCGUCGUGCUGGUGUGACGGCUGACGGCCCAGGGCCGAGUUCCGUUUGUAUUC